CGCAGCCACCCAAAACGACUGAAGAAAGCUGACACCGUAGUUCGCCUUACAAAUGACCUGUGGUUUCGAGUUUGGCCGUCUUCCGCAACAUGUUUCAUCUUGGGUUUCAAGGCUUCUUGACUUCGGGAUCGUCGACUUCAAGGGCAGCACAGCGGUGGACUGCCCAGCCACUCUACAUUCUGGUGCAGACCUGAUAGUCUCAUUGUCUGUAUAUAUCCGUGCAUCUGCAUUCAAACCACCGAGUACUUCCGCGGAGGGGGCACCGAAGGCGAUGUUCAAUCAGGGACAAGAUACACAAGAUGAACAAACUCUCAGAGAACGCAAAUCUGCGCUACUCUCUCUCUUCGAUGCUGUCAACCUCCGCCCUUGUAGGGGAGCCCGCGUCCAAGAUAAUGACAACAUGAUAAAUGGAUCUGAUGGCAUGAACAAUAAACCGACGCAACAUCCCGGCGAUGCCAAGAAAAAGAGAGUUGAAAUUGUUGGUGACGGCGAGGAAGUAGAAAUAGAAGAUGACGAGGAGUUAUCUGACGUCAUCUACAAGAAGCGGGUAUCAUUUUAUGGAUUCUCCGGCACCUUUACAUUAACACUAAGGGGAUACCAGAAACAAGCGCUUAUGUGGAUGCAUUCAAGGGAAUCAGGCGAAAUGUCUGCUAGAGAAGCUGUGUCUAUGCACCCUCUAUGGAGCAAGUAUGCUUUUCCUGCUGAACCUCGAGAUGGUAUAAUCGAUCUGACUGCAGACGAGAAGCCGUUCUACUUCAACCCUUACUCUGGAGAACUCAGUCUUGACUUUCCUAAGGCCGAACGCACACUCAAAGGAGGGAUCCUCGCAGCUGAUUCAUUUAUCUCAGUGGGAAUGGGAAAAACCAUUAUGUUAUCUGCUCUCAUUCAUACAAACCGAGAUCCGGAACCUAUUCUUCCUGACGAUACUUCCAGGGAUCUUGCACGCAUUCGUCAGCUGAAACUUGACAAUGCCUUUCGAUCAAGAGCUCUCAGGCAAACAAAUAAGCCUACCAAAGGCCCUUCUGCAACAUUGAUUGUUGCUCCUACCUCACUGCUCUCCCAGUGGCACGAGGAACUCCAGCGGUCGAGUGCACCAGGGACCCUCAAAAUCAGUGUCUGGCACGGACAGAAUAGGCUGGACCUGGACGGUAUAGAAGAUAAUUCGAUGGAUGAUGCGUCUAUCACCGUGAUUAUUACAUCCUACGGCGUACUUGCCUCCGAACACUCCAAACUGCUCAAGUCUGGUGGUCAAUCUUCUAUUUUCCAAGUGGAGUGGCUGCGAGUCAUUUUGGACGAAGCUCAUCACUGCAAGUCCAGGACAAGUAAGACCGCACGAGCUGUGUAUGCUCUUCGUGCUAGACGUAGAUGGGCCGUAACAGGAACUCCCAUUGUCAAUAAACUGGAGGACCUUCAUUCGCUUCUACUGAAGCCAUUUGCCAGUUUCAUUGCUGUGCCAUUCCUUCCUCGCGAUCCCAAAGCAAUAGAAAUAGUGCAAGUAAUCCUCGAGAGUGUCCUUCUCCGACGCGAGAAGAACAUGCGUGAUAACUCUGGCAAACACAUCAUCGAAUUACCUGCGAAGGAAAUCACUGUCGAUACACUGCACUUUACACCUGCAGAACAAAAGAUAUACGACUCUAUUUACAAUGCAGCAAAGCGGAAUUUCGAUCAGCUCAACGCAAAAGGGCUCGUAGGCAAAAACUACACCCACAUUCUGGCUAUGAUUAUGAGACUGCGCCAGGCAGUGCUUCAUCCAGAUCUGGUCACUGAUACUAGCGAUGGGAUAGUGACUAAACCUUCUGGACACUCCAAAGAUGGAGCGAUCGACAUGGACACCCUGCUGAAUGACAUCUCAGAGGGUGAUUCGGAGAGUGGCUUGAAAGCAGCCUAUGCUGAGAGUGUUUUAGCCAACCUUGACAUGUCCAAUGAUGCAGAAUGCCCAAUCUGCCUUGAUGUGAUGCAGACACCGUCCAUCAUCCCUCCCUGUAUGCAUCAAUGUUGCAAAGAAUGCAUUAUAUCAUAUCUUGCGACAUGCACGGACAAGGGAGAGGUGCCACGAUGCCCGACGUGCUCACAUGGACCAGUCAAGGAGCAAGAUCUCAUUGAGGUUCCCCGGUCGUCUGGUCAAGGUAGCCCACACCAGGAGUCCACAGGGGACGAAAAAGAAGGGACGUCAACGUCAGAAGUCUUCCUGUGCCGAAAUGAUUUUAGAUCAUCCACGAAACUGGAUGCGCUGGUACAAAACCUUAGACGAAUUCGAGAUCAAGACCCAUACUUCCGUGCUGUUGUCUUCUCGCAGUUUACGUCCUUCCUUUCGCUUAUCUCUGUGGUGCUGGACCGUGAACGCCUGUCGUGGUACCGUUUUGAUGGAUCAAUGGACCUCAAGAAGCGCAAUGCUGCCAUAUCAGAAUUCAAGCAGAACGAGCGGAAGCCCAAGGUUCUCAUUGUCAGCUUGAAAGCAGGUGGCGUUGGUCUGAACAUGGACUGCUGGUGGAACGCGGCGACUGAAAAUCAAGCCAUCGAUCGCGUGCACCGAAUAGGCCAAGAGAAAACCGUCUAUGUCAAACGCUUUAUAGUCGAUCACACCAUCGAAGGCCGCAUACUCCAGAUCCAAAAACGCAAGACCGCCAUCGUCAAAGAGGCAUUCCGAGGGAGCGAUAGAUCGGGCAAAGUAGACCCGGAGAGUCUCGAGAAUCUGAAAGUUAUAUUUGGUGAUGAUUAA